AUGGUGGCACAUGUGCUGUUCCAGUGGAUUCUGAGAGGGCUUAUCCUGCCUUUUCUGYUCAAAACUACUCUGUCCCUAAAUCCAGAUGAUCCAAAUGUUUGUAGUCACUGGGAAAGCUACGCCGUGACAGUGCAGGAAUCCUACGCUCAUCCUUUUGACCAGAUCUAUUACACACGAUGCACAGACAUCCUGAACUGGUUCAAGUGCACCAGGCACAGGAUCAGCUACAAAACCGCCUAUCGCAGGGGGCUGCGGACGAUGUAUCGGCGACGCUCCCAGUGCUGCCCCGGCUACUACGAGAGCGGGGACUACUGCAUACCGCUGUGCACAGAGGAGUGCGUGCAUGGAAGAUGUGUCUCUCCUGACACGUGUCACUGUGAACCAGGCUGGGGAGGGACUGAUUGCUCAAGUGGCUGCGACAGCGAGCACUGGGGGCCCCACUGCAGCAACCGCUGCCAGUGCCAGAACGAAGCGCUCUGCAACCCCAUCACGGGCGCCUGCGUGUGCGCCGACGGCUUCCGCGGCUGGCGCUGCGAGGAGCUCUGCGAACCGGGCACCUACGGCAAGGGCUGCCACUUCCAGUGCCAGUGCCACCACGGAGCCACGUGCGACCACCAGACCGGCGAGUGCCACUGCGCGCCCGGAUACACCGGCGUGUUCUGUGAGGAGCUGUGUCCCCCCGGYAGCCACGGAGCCCAGUGUGAGCUGCGCUGCCCCUGCCAGAAYGGGGGAGUUUGUCACCACAUCACUGGGGAGUGCUCCUGUCCUGCAGGAUGGAUGGGGCUGGUGUGUGCACAGCCGUGUCCUCCUGGCACCUUUGGAAUUAACUGCAGCCAGGACUGUCCAUGCCACAACGGAGGACACUGUGACCCCGUGACAGGAAAAUGCCUCUGUACAGCUGGCUAUAUAGGAGACAGGUGUCAGGAGGAGUGUCCCAUCGGCACCUACGGCUUCCAGUGCUCACAGACCUGUGACUGCCAGAACGGGGCCAAGUGCUACCACGUCAAUGGGGCCUGCAUAUGUGACCCUGGGUUCAAAGGCAUUCACUGCCAGGAAAGAAUGUGUCCAGAAGGCUAUUAUGGCCUCAAAUGCAACAAGAGAUGCCCUUGCAAUAUUACCAACACUCUCAGUUGCCAUCCUCUGUCUGGGGAGUGCAGCUGCAAGGCUGGCUGGGCUGGGCUCUACUGCAACGAGACGUGUCCCGUGGGCUACUACGGCGAGGGCUGCCRGGUGCCCUGUCCCUGCCACAACGGGGCCGACUGUGACAGCAUCACUGGGAGCUGCACCUGUGCCCCAGGCUUCAUGGGAGAUGACUGCACCAUCCCCUGCAUGGCAGGAACCUACGGAACCAACUGCUCGUCGGUUUGUAACUGCAAGAACGAUGGCUCCUGUUCCCCYGUGGAUGGGCUGUGCUACUGCAAAGAAGGGUGGCAAGGAGUGGAUUGCUCUAUCCCAUGUUCAAGUGGAAGCUGGGGUCUGAACUGUAACCAGACGUGUUCCUGCAGCAACGGAGCGUCCUGCAGGCCGGACGACGGCUUCUGCCUCUGCUCCCCAGGAUGGCAGGGGGACUUCUGUGACCAGCCUUGUCCUGAUGGAACAUAUGGCCUUAAUUGCAGCGAGCGUUGUGACUGUAACCACGCAGAUGGGUGUGACCCUGUCACCGGGUACUGCUGCUGCCUCGCAGGCUGGACAGGCAUCCACUGUGACAACAUCUGCACCCAGGGCCGCUGGGGACCCAACUGCUCCAUCUCGUGCAGCUGUGAGAAUGGGGGCUCCUGCUCCCCCGAGGAUGGGACCUGUGACUGUGCACCGGGAUACAGAGGACCCAUGUGCCAGAGAAUUUGCCCCCCUGGAUUUUACGGACACCACUGCAGCCAGCCCUGUCCCCAGUGUGUGCACAGCAAUGGUCCCUGUCACCACGUGUCUGGACACUGUGACUGCCUGCCUGGAUUCUUCGGCCCUCUCUGCAACCAAGUGUGUCCCAGUGGGAAAUAYGGGAAGGACUGUGCCGAGGUCUGCCAGUGCACCGAGAACGGGACGUGCAAUCCCAUCGACGGAUCGUGCCAGUGUUUCCCGGGCUGGAUAGGGAUGGACUGCUCUCAGACUUGUCCCACUGGGUUUUGGGGCCCCGAUUGCUUUCAUUCAUGCAACUGCCACAACGGAGCACUGUGCAGCCCCUACGAUGGAGAAUGUAGAUGCACCCAUGGCUGGACGGGGCUCUACUGCACUCAGCGUUGCCCAGCUGCUUUUUAUGGAAAAAACUGUGCCAAUGUGUGCCAGUGUCAGAAUGGAGCUGACUGUGACCACAUCACCGGCCAGUGCACGUGCAGGACGGGAUUUACAGGCAAGCAGUGYGAGCAGAAGUGCUCUCCAGGAACGUUUGGUUAUGGCUGCAAACAGCUCUGUGAGUGCAUGAACAAUGCAACGUGUGACCACGUCACAGGUACUUGCUACUGCAGUCCAGGCUUCAAAGGAAUCCGGUGUGAUCAAGCGGCUCUUAUGAUGGAAGAAUUAAACCCCUAUACUAAAAUUAGCCCUGCUCUUGGAUCAGAGAGGCACUCAGUGGGAGCAAUCAUUGGAAUUAUUAUUCUCCUUCUAAUUAUUAUGGUCUUGCUGGCACUCUUUGUGUGGUAUCGACGGAAACAGAAGGAGAAGGGCCAUGACAUGCCAAGUGUGUCCUACACUCCAGCCAUGAGGAUGACUAAUACAGAUUACUCACUUUCUGGUGCUUGUGGGAUGGAUAGACGUCAGAACACAUACAUAAUGGAAAAAAGCUUCAAAGAUUAUAUGAAAGAAUCCGUGUGUAGCUCCAGCACUUGUUCCCUGAACAGCAGUGAAAACCCAUACGCCACCAUUAAAGACCCCCCCAUUUUAACCUGCAAACACUCCGAGAGCAGCUACGUGGAAAUGAAAUCGCCUGGGCACAGGGAGUCCCCGUAUUCCGAAAUGCCAACUUCAUCAACAGCCAAUAAAAACAUCUACGAAGUUGAGCCCACUGUCAGCAUAGUCCAAGACACCCGCAGUCGGAGCGCCAGUUACCUCCAGAGCCCSUACGACCUGCCUAGGAACAGUCACAUUCCUGGUCACUACGACCUGCUCCCCGUGCGGCACAGCCCGACACACGGGCCUUCUUGGGACAAGCAGUCGUAGAGGGACGGACUUCACGGGGCACUGUGCUGCCAACACAGACUGUGAGGAGGCAGAGAAGCCGUUCCUUCCUUCCCUGCGCCGCUGAGGGACUGCAGCCCAGCAAGGACCUAAUGCGACAUCAGCUUGGGCCAAGUGCUGCUGCAUGAUGUUAUUUAUAAAGACAUUUUUCUAUGGGUACCUGAAACUAAUGAGAGCCUCCUCCACGUGGCACUGGAGUACAUCACCCCAGGAAGGUGUCUUCAUGCUCCAGGCAAAAACUCUCCGUGGCGUGURUUCUAACCCUGGCUUUGCUGUAAAAUAAACUACAAAAACAUGCUAAGUAGAAGGACUUCAGGAUGUACAUUGCUACCGACUGCAUCAAAAAACCUUUUACUGUUAGGAACAAAGUGACUAGGAAUACGCUGGAAUUUAUUUUCAUCUUUGUCAUGGGAAUGGAUAUUUUUCUGAACRAGAGCAGGGAAACUUGUCAUUUCACUGUCUGGAAAGCUCAUUUACUGCCAUCACCAUGUGCAACCUGCGCAGAUCAUGCUUGRUAAUUAGCAUUGAGAUUGUCAUCUCUAUAUUCAGUACCAGAGAAUUUCAGUUGAGGAAUAUUAACACAGAUACCUCCUGCGCAGUUUUUAAAAUCUUUCCCUGAUCUUUGCUAAUGAAUGGAGUUUCCACAAUGAGUCUCACACCCAUCUUGCCACACUUUUAAUUUCGAUUGGCGCAAGUAGGCUUUGAUUCUCCUUAGGCAGCUUCUCUUUUGGUAGCUAAAUCCAGCAGAUCUGUCAGAAGUUUAAACUGCUGCCCCUCYAAUUCCUGCCCUGGGACACUGCAGGUUUGCACAGACCAGCCCUGGUUUCAUUUCCUUUCCCAAAGCUGAGACACAUCGGCUUCUCUCUCCCAUCCUUCCAAACCAUCUCCUCAUGGUUCACUGUCAGCAUGCCACUGAUGACACCUCUUAAUUUGAUGUGCAUUACCAUGUAGUGCAACUUUAUCCGCUGAUGAUUCUACCUGAAAUGUCAUUAAAUGGAGCUGAAACUGGGUUUUCUUUUUCAGCAGCUGUUUGUGAAGUAAUUAUCAAGGGUCUGACCCAUGGUAAAAUUUUGGACUGAGCCACCAUAUUUUUUUAAUUUAUAAUCUCUAUUGACCUAGAAAGUAGAGUACUUGCCGUUAGUUCCUUGUAGAUUUUGAGCAUGAAGUAGUAUUGACUCUAAGUAUGUAAUUUUAUUAGGCAAAUGUGGAAGUAGCAAGUUGAUUGCCUUUUAAAUAUACAAAAUAUUCUGUUGCACAUUCGCCAGUCUGAUGAAAGCAGAAGAGGACAACACCAGCCCCGUGGGUUUGCUCACAGCACGAUCCCAGGUGGGACUGGCAAGGGGAGCCCUCCAGCUCGGGGGCAGCAGCUGGAUCCUGACUCUGGGAACACUCCUGGAUCACCUGGAGCAUCGUGUGGAGCCCAGCUGUGUCCUCACAGGGAUCAAAGCUCCUGKCCCUGGGAGCCAGGARCCUCCAGGUGAYUGGGCUGGC